AUGUUCGAUGAGCAUGAGUACAAGGAUUGGACUCUCAGCUUCCUUCAAAACUGCUCGCACCUGCAGCGCCUGAAGCUGGGACGAGGCAUGUGGAACCUCGAUAAGAGCUGUGCGAAUGCCGCGUGGGUGAGAUCGAUCCGCUGCCUGACCCUCAAGCAGGUGGAUACGAGCCACGUGAACUUCGAUCUUCUUGAUUCCAUCACGCCGCAGCUGCACGAGUUCACGCUCUACCAGCACUGGCACCUCUCCCGUGGACCCAUCUUUGGCUCCCACGCUAUGACCUUCUCCUUCCCCAACGCCCGCCUCCUCCGCUUCCGCUUUGCCAGCAACGAGUUCAAGCUCACCCUCUCUGUCUCUUCAGCGCUCAAGACUCUGUCAGUGAUGGCCAAGUGGCUCGUUCUCUCCUGCAAGAGCAGCGCCCCUCUCACUCUUGACCACCUCUCGCUGUACGGCCAGGAGCGGCUUGUAAUCACAUCUCUCCGCGUCGCAUCCGUGCGAGCCGCCUACCUUAAUGGCCCGGCCAGUGAUGAGGAGUCUAGCUGCCCUGGAAUCUCCUACCAGCUGCCCCCCUCCUGGCAGCAUGUUCCCAACGGCAUUUCCGGCUUUUCCUGGACCAAGUGGCUGCGCACUAUAGCGCAUAACGUGGAGGUGCUUGUAGUGAGGCAUGGAAUUCCGAUCCAUGAGGUGGGUGUGGAGUGGAGGAACCUGCGCAGCCUUGGGAUUGUGAUGCACGCGGAGGGGCCGCACAACAAGGAGUGGGAGGCGACUGUUGAGAAUUACAGGGCGUUCAUGGAGGAUGGGGAAUUUGAUGAUGAUCUGGAUGAGGACGGUGGCUGGGGUGGGUGCUAUGGUGAUGAUGACGAAGAGGAUGAUGAGGAUGAGGAAGAGGAUAUGGAGGAUGAGGAUGGUUUCGAUAAUGAGGAUGAGUAUGAGGGGAGGGGUUACGGAGGAAGAAGGGGAGGGAGUCGCAAGAAGAAGGCUCCUGCGAAGCCACCUUCUAUCGAUGCUAAAAAUCUGCGGUUCCUCUUCUUCCCCUCUCGCAAGGCAUGUGACAGCGCCACACUGGCUGCACUGCGGCAGGACUACCCCGCCCUGGCGCUCUACUGUGUGGUGGACCGCUCCUUCUACUGGGAGAGGAAGGGCGAGAGGGUGAGCAAUGGGCCGCUCAAGCAUGUGCGGCAGGCGAAGAGCGGGGUGCUGCGGGAUAAGUUUGAUGAGAAAAAGAAGCCGAAGAAUGUGAGGGAGAAGAUGUACAGUGUGAAUCGGAAGCUGGUGGAGGGGUACAGUGCUGAGGAGGACGAGGCGCACAUGUUCAAGUACAAGGGAAGAUUCUAA